AUGAGUCAAGACCUAAUGGACUUGACAAAACCUGAUUGCCGUCUUUGUGAUUGGUUUCAUGCUGAUGAAUUGGAUGAGUCCAAGAUUUUCGAGGUUGUUGGAUUCAAAUGCUGCAAGUGCCGUAGGCUCAGAUCACCCAUAUGCCCGUACUUGCCUCCAGAAAAGUUGGCGGCAUUGGAGAAGAAGAUGAUUAAGAAGGUUCCAAAACAGGAAAUAUCGGGAAUGGACUCUGAUUCCAGUAUAAUUUCUGCACAAGGUAAAGAGGAAGCUCUGCAUGUGCCGGCAUGUGACGAGCAACUUACUGAGGACAAAUUGCUUUUAUAUGUGACAAUAGGAGCAAUUUUUAUUGUUCUUCAUGUCAUCAGAAUGUCUUGUUUAGGUCUCUGUCACGAGCAAUGUGUUAAUAGUUCAACAGUUAUUGUGAACGAGGAAGUUGAGUUUUUGAUAACUUGCAAGCAAUGCUACCAGACUCAGGCUCUAACUCGAACUGAAAUCUGUAAUGCGUCCCCCAGAAGUCCUUUACUCCAAGGACGAGAUGUUCUGAACACAGCCACGGCUAAUAAACGCGGAAAGCAAGCAAUCUAUAAUGGGUCAUCAGCAUCAGUCGGAACUGGGCAGCGUCUUCCUGAGGUGAAAUCAAUCGAUUCUUCUGUAGCGGUAAAUAAAGGAAAAAAAUUAUCCUGGGGCUUGAUAUGGAGGAAGAAGAACUGUGAAGACAAUGGAAUUGAUUUCAGAUUGAAGAACAUUCUUCUGAAAGGAAAUCCACAUAUGGACUUGACAAGACCUGAUUGCCGUCUUUGUAGUCAGCCAUAUAAUUCUGAUUUAAUGUACGUCCGCUGUGAAACAUGCCAACAUUGGUUUCAUGCCGAUGCUGUUGAAUUGGAUGAGUCCAAGAUUUUCGAGGUUGUUGGAUUCAAAUGCUGCAAGUGCCGUAGGCUCAGAUCACCCAUAUGCCCGUACUUUCCUCCAGAAAAGGUGGCGGCAUUGGAGAAGAAGAUGAUGAAGAAGGUUCCAAAGCAGAAAAUAUCGGGAAUGGACUCUGGUUCCAGUAUAAUUUCUGCACAAGGUAAAGAGGAAGCUCUGCAUGUGCCGGCAGAUGAUCCUCUCCUCUCCUCUUUUUUGUGCUCAUCUGAUUCUUUUGUUCGUAAAAGACAUUGGGAUUAA